CUGGCUGAACGUGACGAGCAGACUCGGAGCCGAGCGAGGUUUCCUGGCGGAGCUGCGGAGGGAGCAGGAGUCGAGCGGGUUUGUCUGUCUGUCUGUGUGUCUAUCCGCCGCCGCAGUCUCUGUCUGCUUGGGACACACAAAAAACUCCUCUUUUUGGAUUCAAGGGUCUGGAGACGGCAUCCGCAGCUAUGGGUCCAUCGUUGCCCCCCUCCUGUUUUCCCCACUGAGCGACAUUACUCCGUCGGAUGCUCCAGUGCCCAGAGGAGAGAAGGAGGAGGAGGGGGUAUCCCUAUCAUUUUUCGACUGCCAGGCUGACUCAUUACUGGACCGCCUGAAAACAGAAGAAGUCUGAGAGAACAAGAGAGUGAGGGGAACACUGUAAAAGGAGUGAGAAGAAAGGAAGGAGGGAGAGAGAGAGGGGAGCAAAAAAAGUAAAGGAAGUGAGGAACACUAGACGGGAAUCGAGGCAGCAGGUGAAAGAUUGGGUCAGAAGGGCAAAAGGAGGAAAGAGUAAGUGAUAGUGGGCAAAAGAAGGAUAGACACUGAUCCAUCAGGGAGUGGGUGGAAGAAUCUUAGGUCAGGUGAGUAUAAGUCGAGCAGUCAGACGGACAGCUGACUGAGCUUCAGACAAACCCACUAUCCUGCUAACCCUCCAACAACUGUCCCUUCACGGUCACCAUACUGGGAGAGCCGGGAGAACUGGUCACGAGGAGCCACCAUGAGUGACCAGAACGUCGUCAAGGAAGGCUGGGUCCAGAAAAGAGGAGAAUAUAUCAAGAAUUGGCGACCGCGCUACUUUCUGCUGAAGACAGACGGCUCUUUUAUCGGCUACAAGGACAAACCACAGGACUCUGACCUGGCCUACCCGCUCAACAACUUCUCUGUAGCAAAAUGCCAGCUGAUGAAGACGGAGCGGCCAAAGCCAAACACCUUCAUCAUCCGCUGUCUGCAGUGGACCACUGUCAUCGAAAGGACUUUUCAUGUCGACACACCUGAUGAGCGGGACGAGUGGGCUGAAGCCAUCCAGAUGGUAGCAGAGUCACUGGCCAAGCAGGAAGAGGAGGGCAUUCUGUGCAGCCCCACCUCCCAGAUUGAAAAUGUCAACGAGGAGGAAAUGGACACCUCCAUUAGCCACUACAAACGAAAGACAAUGAAUGACUUUGACUAUCUGAAGCUUCUGGGUAAAGGCACUUUUGGGAAAGUCAUUCUGGUGAGGGAAAAGGCGAGUGGCACUUAUUACGCCAUGAAGAUCCUCAAGAAAGAAGUCAUUAUUGCCAAGGAUGAAGUUGCUCACACACUGACAGAAAGUAGGGUAUUAAAAAAUACUCGGCAUCCAUUCCUAACUUCUCUGAAGUACUCGUUCCAGACAAAGGAUCGGCUGUGCUUUGUAAUGGAGUACGUCAACGGAGGAGAGCUGUUUUUCCACUUGUCAAGAGAACGAGUGUUUUCAGAGGACCGCACCCGUUUUUAUGGUGCUGAGAUCGUCUCUGCGUUAGAUUACCUACAUUCUGCCAAGAUCGUCUAUCGUGAUCUGAAGCUGGAGAACCUCAUGUUGGACAAAGACGGCCACAUCAAGAUCACCGACUUUGGUCUCUGCAAAGAAGGCAUCACCGACACUGCCACUAUGAAAACCUUCUGUGGAACACCGGAGUACCUGGCUCCUGAGGUGCUGGAGGACAAUGAUUAUGGGCGGGCGGUGGACUGGUGGGGUUUGGGCGUGGUGACGUACGAGAUGAUGUGCGGACGCCUGCCCUUCUACAACCAGGACCACGAGAAGCUGUUUGAGCUCAUCCUCAUGGAGGAGAUAAAAUUCCCACGAACCCUGUCAGCUGACGCCAAGUCGCUUCUGUCAGGGCUGCUCAUAAAGGACCCCAACAAACGGCUGGGCGGCGGACCGGAUGACGCUAAGGAGAUCAUGCGGCACAGUUUCUUUGGCACAAUCGACUGGCAGGACGUCUACGACAAGAAGUUGGUCCCCCCCUUCCAGCCCCAGGUCUCCUCAGAGACGGACACACGCUACUUUGACGAAGAGUUCACAGCACAGACCAUCACCAUCACUCCACCUGAAAAAUACGAUGAGGACGGGAUGGACGCGGCAGACAACGAGCGAAGGCCUCAUUUCCCACAGUUCUCCUACUCAGCCAGCGGGCGGGAGUGAGCGUUCCAGCCCAGCAUCGUCCCCAUUUGUGGCCAUUUUGAGGAAAACACGUAGCCAUUUUAGGAAAAAAAAAAAAAAAAUACCAGUCUCCCCUCUUUUUCUUCUUCUCUGCCUCCUCGCAAAGGGGGAGAAGUCUUUUUAGGGACUUUAAAAGAGGUUUUUGCACAGUGGGAUAGACACCACCCGGUCUCCCCACACUAAAAAAUAAGUCUCCUACAUUUUCAGCGCUAUUUCCUGCAGAAGGCAAUGUUUUUGUUAUUUAUUUUUUCUUUGUCAGUAUUAAGUUGUCGACCCAGGUUGCGUUAAUCUUUUUUUUUUUUUUUUUUUGUCAUUUAUGCCCUUUUCUUGUUCUUAUUUUGACUUUUUGCACUUGGUUUGGAAGAGCCGUUUUAGGGAACAAAAACCAAAAAUGUUGCCUUAUGUGUGCAGAUGUUUCGCAUCAUACCUACAGGGUGUUGUUUUCUUUUCUUUUUUUUUUUUCUUUUUUGGGAGAGGGUGGGCAGGUUUGGGGAUGUGAAGGGUCAUUCAUAGUUGAGAAUAAGUGCAUGGCUCAUGGUUCACUCAUUUAAAAAAAAAAUAAAAAUAUAUAUAUAUAAAAAAAAAGAAAAAAAUUCUUCCUCAUACAUUUGCCAUGGCAGCGCACAUUCCCCAAUCCCAUGGUGAUGAAAAUCACAGCGAGUCUACAGAUGUUUAAAAAAAAAAUAGAUGGAACAUGAGAAUGGGUGAAUCGAUAUCAUUCCUUUCAUUUGUCUCAUUACUUUCCUCUUAUUCUAUUUUUCUUGCGCUUUACUUUGAAGUUAUUUUGAAACAAGAAACACUAAACUGCCAGAAACUGCACAGUUCACUCAGGCGCCACAGAGCACAACCGCAUUCAAACUCAGCUUAACCGCUCCAGCUUUCCACAGCCGGCAGGGGAACGAGGCCUUUCUCUGCUGCAUCACUGCUUCUGCUCCUGCUCGUCAUCCUCCGCUCUUCUGUUUCCUCAUUGUAGCUGUAGGACUAGUGGAAUGGAUGUUUACACAGGGAAACAUGGCUUCAUGUAUGUAUGUACUGUAUGUAUGUGGGAUUACCGGGGUUAACAUUAUGCUGUCAUAGCACACAGAAACACACACACACAUUCACACUCAGAGACAGGAAAUAGCAGAGUUCUCCGUAAUGAUCAGAGUGAAGUCGGCAGUUUACUCCAAACUGAGAUUUGAUGGGUUUUUUGUUUUGUCUGUUUUCUUGUGUUUUUUUUAUAAGUGCAUUGGGAUGUGAGAAUGCCCCAAGUUUCGAGUCCUGUCUACAUGUAAAGCAUGUGCAUGGCUCUGUAGCUGGUCCCUUUGCUGGAUGUUCCUGAAUCUGGUUGGGUACUUAACCCUCUAAUGCUACGGUCACACUAAGGAAAACGGUGGUUGGGGGCUACAGCAUGAAGAAAAUAGUUGCGACUGUGUGCAAUGAAUUUGCAGUCUCAUUGCAUUUGAAAUGGUUGCUUCGAAGACGGGGCGGGGUCUGGAGCAACUCGCACUCAGUUGCCGUCUUCAAAGCGACUUUGGACGGCGAUUAAAAAGACAAUAAGAUGAAGCAAGUUUGCGAUUGAAUGGGGUCAAGUUGGUAAUUACAUGCAAUCUGUUUGGAACAGUGAUUAACUGUGAUGAAUCAUUGAAAAUCACAAAUCUGUUGCCAUCUGCAUACAUAGAAAUUCACAUGAAUUAAUUAAUUACAGUCAGAGUCCAACCAGAAUCUCAGAGUUGAAACAAAAAUUCUGAAAUUCCUCCACCAAAUAAACCAAACCACUCUGAGCGGUUGCAGACACUCUGAGUCAGACCGCUGGGGUUUGGUGACAUUUUGCCUCCCAAAAGGCAAUUUGUGCAGUUGCUUUGUGAUCUAAAGUGGUCACUGCAACUACUUGCAGUUGGUUACCAAAUGUGAAACAAUUCAAUGCGAGCGCUGGGCAGCCACCUUGUUUUCUUGUUUAGUUUUUGUUGUUAGUUUGCCUUCCUGUCAUGAGGACGUUGCUCUCCUGUCUUCACGUUAGCGUGGCUGAGCAUCGUGUAGUUCCCACCCCGUCAUAUGUUGGUUAUUUUGUCACUGAACUUUGACAUUCCACACUCAUUUCUGUUGGCCUCCUCCUCCUCUGUGGAGGAGCGAACAGUCAGUCCUUUACACAGAUAACCUACUUUUUAUAUGCACAGACAAAUAUUGACAAUCUUCGUUCAAGACCCCCUGGUGUCGUUUGUUCCAUUGUGUGUGUAGCUGAAAAUGUUUUUUGUCCAGUGAAGACAGAUUUAUGGAGAUGUUUCUUAAUUUUCACAGCUCUGCUCAGUUCAGCUGCUGCUGGAGGAGAUCAGAACACCGCCAAACAAAUUCAACAAAAAUGUAUACGAACCUGUUUCACUAAAAAUGUUUCGCUUUCAGGGGUUUUUUUUUUUUUGAAUUGGUAACGGAGAAUGUCAGAAUUUGUGUGAGCUAAUAAUGAAUUUAAAGUGUCAGUUGCAAAAGCAAACCCCACCCACUGCUAGUCUCUGUUGUGUCCUGCUGUGUUUCUGCAUUUCAGAAGAAAAUUAGGCCCUUUGGUUCUGGUUAGAGCAGGUCUGAGUAUCCUCACAGGCAGCAGGGCAUCCUUUUCAGGUGUACCGUGCAGCUCCAACUAAAGAUAGCUCAGUCAGGCAACUACUGCUCAAAGUGAUGAUUUAUUACAGCGUCGGACGGGUCAAGUUUGGCUUGUAUGGUAUGCAUAGGAAUUUGGGAGUGAUGAAUAAGCAUACCCUGGUACCCUACAGGUGGAUGAUAUGGUGGUGAAGUGGUUGUAACAGCAGUGGCACUGACAUGUCAGCCUGAGGGAAAACCUUUGCAGCUUUAAAUAUACCACCAGACUGGCAGGGUGUGUUUGGAAUAUAAUGAACGUAAGGAGGUAUGUUGGUGUGUAUGACACUGCAGCUGGAGUUUGCUAGCUUCCCUACUGGUAGUAAUGGCAUAUAUUUAGUGAGUCCUGCCCACUAGUGGCCUGACUGGUGCACAGCACUUCCGGAGGGACAAGAGUAACUGGCCAUGUGGGGGAUUAGGGAAAGAGAGCCAAACGUCCCCAUUACUGGCAGAUCGAAGCUGAACUUGUGAAGCAGCCUUGUCACCUGUGAGCACACAUCAAAUCUGAUUUGCUGGAGAACACUGCCGACUGAAGUCUUUUGUAGACUUACACAUAUUCAGAAAUGUUGAAAAGAACUGGGGAUUGGUACGUCUUCAUGUGUAGAAGUGAUGACACAGGGUAGAGAAAUAUGACUGAGACAUAUCGAAUGAGGGAGGGAGGGGGGGUUUGUCCAGCUGUACAGGAACCCGGAGAGAAGACUGUUCCACAGCUAAAAGAUAUGAAAGUGUCACUGUUUUCAGUCCGAGUUAAGAGGAGAAAUAUUGACUCUCAAACACAGAUAUACAAAGACUGUUUUUACAUGAUAAAUCUUAGUGAAGAAAAUGUAAUUUAUCACACAGAUGUUAACAGAAGCGAGGUUUCCAGCUCCAGACGCACGGGUCCUGACCCCAUUUAUCCUGUCAGUAUUAAGAGAGAAAUUUAUUUACACACAGACAUGUUUUUAAAAGUGAAUGGAGCGCAUCAAUGAUUCGCUGAUCACAAGAAAACUGAGCCGUGAGACACUCAUGUAUGAAGACUGUGAGGACUGCCAGGAAAAAAAAAAAAAAGUGUCCCCAAACUUCUUGAUGUAAAUAUGCAAUGCCCUUUUCUGUUUUUUGGGUUCUUUUGUCUUUACAUACGAGGCAUAAACAUUUCUUUUCUGUGUGACUGUAUGUCAAGCUUGCUGAUGAGAAUAGUGACCGAAAAUAUAAACCAACCACAAAUGACUCAGAAACUGCAUUGAAGAAAAAAAAUUAAAAAGAAAAAAAAUAUACACGUGUCAAAGAAUUGGACCCUUCCACAGAUUUUUUUUUCUUUUUUUUCUUUUUUUUUUUUUUUUGUAAUUCAUGAGGAUGUUUCCAUGGAGACAAACCCCAGCCCGCCUUUCUUAUGUCGCCACGGUCCCUGAAAAUGAUCGACUCCAGAAAUGUGAGGACGUGUCUGUAACGUGGAGUCUUUACUGUCAUUCUGUUCCCUUCACCUUCUUAAAAAACUGUAAGUGGGACCUUGGAUGACUGUUAUUUUGUGUGUGCGUGCGCGUGCAGUGCUGGUUUCCAUCAGGUUUCUCCAAUCCCAUCAUCCCUUGCGCCCCCCCCCCCCCCUUUUUUUUUAUACCAUGGUGUUUGUUUUAUUUGUGUUUGUCAUUCUAGGCAGUGUUACGUUGUAUGUCAUUUAAAAAGGCAUCUCUUGAAAGUCGCUGAAGGAUGAUGGAUGCAUAACUGAAGGUUUUUUCUUUCUUAUUUAUUUUUCUUUUCUUUUUCUUCUUUUUUUUUUUUUUUUGGGAUCAUUUGCUUGUUUGUUUUUCUUACCAAAACAUUAGGGCAAGAAUCCACUAGUGGACUUGCAUUGCCGUGGUAGUAUUUAUUUUGAAUUAAAUUAAAAGAAAUACAUUUCAGGGUU